AUGGGCUUCCCGACUCUGAGCUUCAUGCAGCUGGAGCUGGAGCUGGAGCUGUCGAUCUGCUGUCUGCUGCUGGGCAACAUCACCAGGCCGAAUAUGCCGCCGGUGAAGACGCAUGAGAAGAGGCAGGGUAGAGCUGGGCCUCGUGCCGUUGCUGCCGCGGUGGAUCUACUCUGGGGAAGGCCUGUCGACAGGGGAACGAUCUCACGUCACUCUGGGAACCUGGACUUGUUUUCAUCCCAACAGUGGUCAGAUGAACGAAGCUUCUCGACUUCAGGCUACAACCUGGGUCGAUGGAGACCUCAGCAUCUCAGGCACCACACUGGCUACAAGCUUAUACCGCUAGGAAUUGGCUUCGAAAAGGAAGAAGAGGGGUGGAAGGAGGUCGCUCUUCGUAUUCCCAAGGGGUGUCCGAUGUGGGGCCGCAGGGCCGAGCGAAGCGGGGGCUGGGCCCGGAGACUCGGGUCUGCCUCUCGCUCUCUCUCGCGCGAUGUGACGUCGCACUUCACCGCGAAACUUGCCCGCCAUUACGAAAAAGUCAAAGGCCGCUCGAGCACGAGGAGCGGCGGGUCUGUUCUCACGCAACGCGCCAAGAGGACCUUGACGGCAGCCCGCUCCUCCAAAGCUCGUUCCCGCCAGAGGCUAGGACGCGCCGUUUGCCUGUCCAACAAUUACUAUUGUGUGUGCUUUGAGGCCAGCGGCUAA